AUGGCAUAUAUUCCCAUCAAAUUAGAGGAAGAGGAGCCACAAACCCUACCGCCGCCAGCGCUAAUCCAUCACAGCCACCACUGCUCUGGACAUGUCUCGUGGGCUGGCAUUCGUGGUCGUGUUUCUCCCUCACCAAUUCCCGUGUAUGCUCCCCCACCACCGGAUUAUGCUGAAUCUGACACUUCCGCCUCAUGUGUUUGGUGGGAUGGGGCUGCUGCUAGUAGCCCCAAUCUUCCUUCUCCAGCAGAUUGGGUAAAUGGUGUUCACCCGCCGGGAGGUUAUGUGAACUUUUUACAAAAUCCUACUAGUUUCCCUUUUCCGCAACAACUUCCUAGCCAUCUAGACAUGCCACAAAACUACAAUUUUGUUGGUAGUUCUUCAGAGCACACUCCAUUACCAGCAACACAUCCAUCUGCUACCAAAAAGACCCAAAAGGGAGCUUCCAGUAAAUGCACACAUUCUAGGAGUAUUAAUCUUGAAGAUGCGGAUGAUGACGAACCUAGCAACAAAAAAAGAAUCACACAUUCUAGGAGUAUUAAUCUUGAAGAUGCGGAUGAUGACGAACCUAGCAACAAAAAAAGAAUGACAUGGACAACAAAGGAGGAUGAAAGAUUGAUGGGUGCUUGGCUGAGUAACUCAAAUGAUGCUAUAAGUGGAAACUACAAGAAUAAUGACCAGUAUUGGGAUGCCGUGACUGCUGAGUACAAUAGCAACACGUCUGACACCACUCGAAAAAGGCAAAUGAAGCAAUGCAUGAGCCGUUGGCAUCGAGUAAACAAAAUUGUACUUGUAGUUGUGUACUGGAUGCGGUUUCUGUUGCCUUUCAUAAUAUUAUACUUGUUUUGGUUCCAAACUGGGAGUACGUGCAUGUUUGAAGAAAAUUAAUAGAGUCUACAUUGUUUCAAACUGGCAA